GAUGGAAGAACUAGAAAGGCUUAUUUCAUUUCUAGAGAUCGAUAUAUCGGAUAAUUUGAAGAGAGAUAUACUAGACAUGUGUAGCUUCCAGAAGAUGGCUGCGGACAAAAUUACCAAACAAGAAGAGGUUUUAUUUAAUGAAAACUUUCGAUUCUUUAGAAAAGGUGAGGUUGAGAACUGGAAGACCUGGUUUACGGUGGAACAGAAUGAGUACUUCGAGUCCGAGUGGAACAAACAGAUCCGGGCAGAUACAAUCUUUCAGUUUAAAUACACACAGAAAGAAGCAAACUUUUACAAACGUCUUUAACCUUUUUUUUACUGGACAGACGAAUGUAAAUGAGUGAACCACAUUGGAGUUUUUCAUUGUUUUCGAUCAUUAAAGAACGGUUACCAAUAGACAGAUUUUUUACCGUAUCUUACUCAUCAUAAAUAAAGUAAAACAGGACAAAAACAUAGCAAAACUGAAGGAUGGAUUUAUUUUUUAGUUAAAGAUGU